GGUUCUGUGCGUAUUCUUCCAAAGAAAUGUCGCGAUUAUCAACCAGGAGUGAAGAAAUAAGAUGAGGACGCUGAUAUACAGUAUGCGCGCCCUAUAGGCAUGUUUCAUUAGUAUUCGAGUUAAUCUUGGACGUUACUUAUUUCAAUUUUAUGAUUAUAUAGUUACAUAUUAAGCUAAUUACGGUCCAUAUGCUGAAGGUCACAGUCUUUCAUUGGGACAAAAAUAAACGGUCUUUCCUGUAGGUUGUUAGCUGGAUUGCGUGUCUUGAAAAGAUGAAGAUUCUAAAUAAGGCUGAAUUACGGCAGGCGGAAAAGGUUCUGCAGUCAUACUUACCACGAAGCUUCAUGGUUUAUGGAUUUCUGUUUGGUAUGAAUAGAAACAAACCACAAACUCUGGAGGUUGUUGUGGACUCCUGGCCUGAUUUUAAAACCAUCAUUUUUCGACCACACCAAAAGAAUGAAUACGCCCUGUUUCUUAGUAAGGUUGUGACCUUCUUCAGUACUGAUGAGAAGAUUCUUAAGAGAAUGUUGACAGAAGACAACAUCUUAGACUGGAAUCAAUACUUCGAAAUGAUAGGGAUUGACAUCUGUCAUGUCACCAUUUUGAAGGGCAUCUCUGUCAAAUCGAGACAGUGGUCUGUAGAACAUCUCCUGGAAUUAAAAGACCCGAAUCUCCUUCCUCAACUGAGAGUCAACAGCGAUUUGGAGCCCAGGAUCUCCUCCCUGAACGAAUCCCACAUCAGUUUGGUGAAUAAAACCUGGAAAUACGGAGGCGAUGAGAAAAGCUUCCAACUAGUCAAACUUCUCAUAAGCCACUUCCCCACUUGUUGCAUCACUGAUGAAGAAGGCUGUCCAGUCUCCUGGGUGCUGCUGUAUGACUGCUAUGCCAUGGGAAUGCUGUACACUGCCCCUGAGUACAGGAGGAGGGGCUAUGCCAAGAUCCUGAUAAGCACCAUGGCAACGAGGCUCCACUCCCAGGGUUACCCUGUGUACUGCUACAUCCAGGAGGAGAACCAGCUGUCCUACAGCCUUUUCAAGAAACUGGGCUUUACUGAAGACCCCUCCUACAGGGCCGUCUGCUAUGAGUUCAACCGCUAAACCAGUAUUUCUUGUUAGGAUCAUUACAACUGCACUCAAUAAGAACUCAAUGUAGCUCUCUGCAAUAUAGCACUGCCUGACGUAGAUUAGUGUGUGACAGUUACUCCUUUUCGGAUUAAGAUGACUUCAAAAUGUUGAAUUGUAAAUCAUUUUGAGAGGAUAGGGGGGAAUAUGUUGACAGUGAAUUCUGGUCACAAUCUUUCAACACAGAAGUGGGAAUCUAAUGACUGCCCUGGUGUAAAAUCCAGCUACCAACUGUUUCAAAACCUAGCUUGAGCAGUUUGGCUAUUCGGCUGUUUGACUGGGCUUUACUAUGGCACUUUAAAUAAAUUGAAGCAGUCGAUUGUACAGUUACUGUAACCUCCCUCUCCUUUUGUCUUGGGUCUGAAUUGGUUGCUCAUAUUAAGGUAAAAAACAAAAACCAGCAGAUCUUGUGGCUCGCCAGGACCAGGACUGAAGAUCACUGGCUUAUGCAGUCCUAUUACUGAGCUGCUUGUGGUGUAGUGGUGAUGUCUGUCUGACU